AUGAACAAGCAACAAACUUUGUCCUCUCACAAACAUUCUCGUCAUCAUUACAAAAUUUGUAUCAUUGGAGGAGGAGCAGCUGGAUUAACGGCUGCAAACACACUCGCUGAAAAUGAUCAACAUGAUUUUAUGAUUUUGGAAGCAAGUGAAAGAAUUGGAGGAAGAGUUUGCUCGAAUAGAGAACGAGGAAUUGAACUCGGAGGCGAAUUUGUUCAUGGAGAAGGAAGUAUUUUGUGGGACGUGUUGGUGAACAAGUUGAAAAUACCAUUGAAAGUUGUUUUUAAUUUUUCUGCAACGAAUCCAAAGGAUUGUGGAUUGGGUUUUCUUCUCAAUGGAAGAAUUUAUGAAAUUGACCAUCCUGUGGCUCAAAAAACUAUCAAAAUUCUCGAGCAGUUAGUCAGCGAUGAAGAAUUGAAAAAAUCUCAAGACAUGUCUCUCAAAGAAUGGCUUGACUGGAGAAAAAUUCCACAAGAAUAUCACACUCUCAUUGAUUCUGUAUUGGCUCAAACGAAUUCGAGUUGUAUCAACACCCACAGUGCAAAAGGAGCUCAAGAAGAAGAGCUGAGUGGAGAAGAUACAAACAUUGGUGAAUUGAAUUUUCAUGUGGAAGGAGCAAACACGAUGGAUUUAAUUAUUCCUUAUUUGACCCGAUUGGUGAAUAUGGAAAAACAAGUGAAACUGAAUUAUUUUGUUCAUAGCAUUGAUUAUUCAGGAAAUUUGAUUAAGCUAAAUAAUGGUGAAAUUACAUGUGAAAAAGUAAUCUUGGCUGUUCCUCUUACCAUAUUAAGAAAUAGACAAAUCAAAUUUACUCCAGACUUGUCACCACAAAAGAAACAUCUCAUUCAAAACCAAUUCCACAUGCAUGGUGGUAUGAAAAUUAUUUUAAGAUAUAAGAACCCUUUCUGGGCAGAACAAAUGCCAAAUGUCAAUGUCGUGGUCGUUGGUGACGAGGAUCCAAUUAUUGCACAAUAUUGGUUCUCAACUACUUCUGAGGAACAAUGCAAAAAAUAUGGACAUCUUAUCACUGGUUUCAGUAUGAGCAGAAAAGCCGAUAAUGCUCUUCACAUGACCGACGAAGAAAUCAAACAACAUUUCAGAAAAUUCAUUCAAAAAACGUAUCACUUGAAUGACAACAAUGACGGAUAUUUAGGAGGAGAUAUUCGAAAUUGGCAAAAUAUUCAUCAUGUGGCAGGUGCCUAUAGUUUUGCUCUCACCACUGAUGCUUCCAAGAGACAUUAUAUUGAACAACCACGUGUUGUAUUGGGUCAACCUAUUGAUUCGAAAAUUUAUUUUGCUGGAGAGGCAUACUGUCAACACUCACCAGCGACCAUUCACGGAGCAAUGGAGACUGGUCAGAAAGUGGCUUUGGAAAUUUUAAAGUCAUCUCAAACAGCACCAAGAAUGAGUAAGCUUUAA